AUAACCUGGCCAGGUCAUUGACCCUCAAUACGCAGUGGCGCAACUCACGGACGGCAAUCUUCAUCUUCCUGUGGGCCUCUGGCUUUCUCUCAAGAGAACGGUUUGUCAACUUUCAGAUUUAUGUCUUUUCCGACUUAAAACACGGGAUGUACUUUAUACAUAGGAGGCCACUGGGAAGAUAUUCCGGCAAAGAUUGAGAUUGGUGCCGUGUGGAUUUGUCUUGAGCAAGGUCCAGAGAGAGUGGGCAUCGCCGCUAAAAGUGGGGCAACAAGAUGGCCAGCUUACAAAAAGUCCGCUGCAGAGAAAUUUUUCUCAAGGGAGGGACCCCAACAAUGUCGCCGGCUUGUUUGGACGACUUCUUGCCGGUGCAACAGUCGGAAUCUCAAACGAAGAGUACUUCUGUGUUUGAGGCGGAUACGACAGAAGCAGUAGCCGACCCUGUGAAAUUCUUCCGAGAAAAUGGAGCACAGUUCUCCGUGUACAGUUUCGACCUCGAUCGGCGAGUUCUGGGGCUGGUCAAGGCGAGGGAAGGUGUCGACAUCAGGAAAAAGCCAUUUUUAUUUCAGGCACAGCGUGAAACUGCAGAGGAGCUUUUGCUAAUCCCCUUUGAUGUGCUGCCAGCCGUGACAGAUGCUUUGACAGAAUCUUUGUCAGAAGUGAAAAACAUUUUCCUGCAUAGUACUGGUCGCUGUGGCUCCACCCUGAUGUGCAAAGCUAUGGAUGUGAUGAGUCAAGUCCAGGCUGUGUCAGAACCUGACAUCUUCACUCUGAUCUUUGAGCAUGCUUGGGCAAGAGAUGUUCCGUUAACAUCAGAGGAGGAGGCUGAAGCCGUGAUGUUGCUCAAACACAGCAUCACCCUGCUCAACUACUGUUUCCUACAAAACGACCCCACCAGGACCAUCAUCUGUUACAAGCCUCGGAGUGUGGCAGUCUUCGUCGCAGACCUGAUGCAGCGAGCUGUACCGGACGCAAAGAACAUCUUUCUUUAUCGAGACCUUCCUGGCUACUACGACUCUACUAUUCAGCUCAUAUUCUCUGGUAGAUAUUGGCUUUACUUCUUUGCGACCACAUUGAGACUUGAUGUUAUGUUUCUCUCCGUAAUGUUGAAGAGCAUACCACGGAUGUUUAGGUAUGUAUAUGCACUUCCGCGGAUGGCCACUUGUCCUGUUCGCCGUGGUAUGCCUUUCCUGUUUGUCACAUUUUGGAUCAUACACAUGCAACAGGCAUGUGAACUGAUUCAGGACGAUUCGGAUAACUUCUUCCGUGCCUGUCUCAGCUAUGAACAGCUCUUGGAGCACAAAGAACAAAUCAUUCUUAAGGUUCUGGAAAAACUUGAUGUUCCGACCGAUAAUGAUGCUUCGGAGAUGCGAGCCGUGUUCGAUGUGGGUAGUCAGGAAGGUACCGCUAUGCAGAGCGGACGGAAAAAGGGGGAUAAAAUUUCGAGCUCCUGGGUUGGUUCUUGGGAAAGGAACUUCUUUUUGACUGCUCUGAAACAUUUCGAUGGCGAUGUUGAUGAACCCGACUUUGUCAUGCCCAACAACAUGGUCAUGGAUUAAAAUCCUCUAAUGCUUUAAAGAUUUAAAACGCUAAAGUAUCUGUAUCAACAUGCACAACAGCAAAGUGCUGACUGACAUUGAUAAGCUUUCAGUCAUAUCUCUGACCCUUCUCAAAUUAAACUGAAGCACAGAGAUCUGACGGAAAGCUUACUUUUGUGCACAAGUUCAGCGUUGGAAAUCUUCAUGUCAUUUACCAUCACAGAUGAACUUUCAUUUAAAUUCAAAACUGAGAUUUAGGCAUGUUGCAAUUGUUAUACUGAUUUGACAUACAGUAAUGUGUUUAUGAACUGUAUUAAACACCAGAAGUGUAGAUUGUUGUAAGCUAAGUUAGAAUGAAAACUCACUUGUGCUAGAAGUGUCUAGUAUAAAACUUUCAAUGUUUCCUAAGAAUAUUUGUAACUUCAAUGUUUCUAUUACAUUAAAUUUUUGAAAUUUAUUGUAAUGUAUAAAUUUGCUACAUCUUGUAUAUCAUGACUAGUGCUAAAGAAAUGUAAUUAGUUAAAAGUCAGACAUUUUGACAAUAGACAUAAGAGUUUGACAUGAGCUUUAUUAUGUUUUGAAAUACGUCUGGUUAAAAACAAAGCUAAGGGUUUUUUUUACCUUUGCUAACCCUGAAUCGGGUGACAGAUAAAAAUUGUGCGAACCGAGUUAUGGACAACAUUGUUUCUGGAGUAAUCUGUCUUAGAACAGUACUAGCUUCAUGAUUACAGAUAUAAGAUAAGUUUUAUAGGAAUUAACACAGGUAUCUUUGCACACUUUUUCAGGAAAUAUUUUCAGUUACUGUUUAUGUAUCUAGUUUCAGAGUCAAAAGGCGUUAUAUGGCCACUUUUUGUGCUAAUAUGAAUUAAAGCUGUGGAAGAGUCCACUAAAAUGGGAGACUUCACAAGUUUGAGUACAAUAAAAAUCACAUACCAUUACACUUAUAAUAUGGCUA